GACCGCAGGGGCGGCGCCGGCGGCGGCGAGGAGCUCACAGCCGAGGGGCUGUGGGAGGCCAAGGUCGUGGAGGGCCCGACGCUGCGCAACGGGGACCCCCAGUGGCAGGCCCGCGCGCGCCCGCCCGCCCGCGGAGGAGGCUCGCGCGUCCAGGGCGGGCGCGGACGAUGUGCAUCCGGGGCCCCUUUCGCCCCUCCGAAGACCAGGCGCGCGAAGACAAGAGGCAGUUCGACGCGGCCGGCAGGGACGGUGGCCUGCAGGAGGUCCGCAAGCUGGCGGAGAAGCUGA